AUGGCGCAAAAGUGGUAUUUGAACAAAGAAGAGCUGAAGAACUCUCCAAGCUUCAAGGAUGGUAUCAGCGCGGAGAAGGAAUUAGACUAUAAACAACAAGCCGCUUACUUAAUAAAUGAUUUAGGCAAGCGGCUUAAAUUAUCAGAAGUUUGUGUACAUACUGCCAUAGUGUACAUGCGCAGAUUUUUCAUUCACCAUUCAUUGGCCAAGUUUCAUCGUUAUGAAGUUGCAACGGCGGCAAUUUUUGUGGCGGCAAAGGUUGAAGAAGAGCCACAAAAAUCGAAGGAGGUAAUAAGUGCUCUUCAUAUCUGUUUGAAGAAAACCAGGGAUCAACAACUGGACACUACGACUGCCGAGUUCCAGGAGAAUGUCAAAGCACUCAUAGUAAAUGAGCGUAUUCUUCUAGCAACACUGGGAUUUAAGAUGGGAGUUAAUCACCCUCAUCAUUACAUCACGGAAUUCUGCAGAGAAAUAAAAGCUUGCAAACAACUAUGCAAGAUUUUUCUGCAGAUGGCGAACUACACGUUACAGAUGACAUCAAUGUGCCUGAAGUACAAACCGGCAGUUGUGGCGUCGUAUUGUAUUUAUUUCACCAUCCAAUCGUCGCAGUGGAAGAUUCCCGAAAUCAUAGAUGGGAAUCUUUGGUUUUGGCUGCUCGAUACAAAAGUGACCUUCGAUCUGCUGAUAAAGAUGGACAGGGAAUUCAAAGAAGUCUUAAAUAAACUGUCACCGAAAAUACAAAAACGCGUGAUGUGUUUAUUUAAAAAUCCACCUGUCCGAAUUAACUCAAUGAAUCGGAUUGUGACAAGCUCCAGUUCAUCGGCUCAAGAAAGUGUUUCCACUAAAACUGAAUUGAAGCAAUCAAGUUCUCGGCAGAAAAUCAGCUAUCAGGAGUAUCGUGAUAGACUGAUGAAGAAAAAAUGUGCGGAUUCAGAUGGGUCCUCGACAUCUUUACCUCAAGCUGCUGGAGAAGUACAAGAGAAUUCGGUUGGAAGUACCUGUCAAUUUGCACCAGCAACUGCAAAGAGUCAGGAAAUAACAAUCGAAGUCCUAGAUGACUACAUCCGUAAGCGUGAGAGUUGUCAUGAUAUGGGCAGCAUUUAUUGUUCUUCUAAAAAACGUAAGCUAGAAUAG